AUGCUUGUCGCACAGUUUAAUUCACGAUCUUGGCAUAAAGACAGUCGUCAAGCGAAGCCCUACUGCCAGUGCUGGAAUAAGAAAUCACCAUUAUCGUGGACUCAGUUAGGUGCUUGUCUAUGUGGAGAGGAAAAUGAUGUGUGUGAAUGGAAAUGGGAACAGCCAAUAGAAACUGGAAGUAGUUGGGUUGUGUUAAGUGAGGAUAAGAAGCAGGUGACAUUCCAUCCCUUCUACAGUUCCGGCACUGCUGCAGCUAAGGGUGAUACACCUUUGUUACAUAACCAGCACUAUUACUGGGAAAUCAAAAUACUAACUGACACAUAUGGCACAGAUAUUAUGGUUGGAGUCGGUACAAAUAAAGUCAACCCAACAAAUGUUCAAUUUCAAUUCACAUCUCUAUUGGGACAAGAUUCAGAGUCGUAUGGUCUAUCAUACACCGGAGCUAUUAGACAUAAUGCAAUGAUCUCGAAGGAUUCAGUUGGAUUCUGUAAAGGCAGUAUUGUUGGAGUUCGAGUUGAUAUGUGGAGAGGAACAUUAGAAUUUUAUUUGAAUAGGAAAGCACAGGGAAUUUCAUUUUACAAUCUGCGCCGUCACCAAGCGCUCUAUCCAAUAAUCUGUUCCACCGCUGCACAAUCGUCCAUGCGCUUGAUAUAUGCAGCGUCAUGGCGCGCUUCAUUGCUCGUAGACUCGGCUAAGAUUCUUGCAGCAUCAAUAAAACGGGAAACGAUACCACCUGGAUUACGAUAUAUGGUCGGAUCACAGUUCUGGUUGACCCUGCCUACGGGCGAUGGUUCUGAUGUAAGUGACGAUGAAGAGCAGUCAAGCCCCGUUGAGAAGGGACAAGUGAAGUGGGAGCCAAAUGUGUUGGACGACAUUUUGCCGAGUCCUUAUGUGAACGGUUUUUACGUAGACAAUGUGGAGAGGAAUUACCGCGUCGUCGUUUGGGAAUGA